AAUAGAAUGAGAAGAACAGUUGUACAUAAUGGAGAGAUAAAACAGAUAGAUCCAACAGCCAAUCAAUCAAAACCAAUGGAUGAUGUUGAUGUUCAAUUUCACUACUUCUCAAUCAAGAACACUGUACAGGAUGUAAUAACCAAUCAUAAGAUUACAUUGGUUAAACUAUUCAUAUGGCUAGUGUUUCAAUGGCUGGCUCUAAAGAUUGAGUUUGGUGCUAUCUUCUUUGUAAUCAGUAUGACUGUAAUGAUGAUGUGUAAUCUAGGUAAAAGACAAAAGGUAUGUUAUUCAUUCAUUCAUUCAUUU